AUGAAUGAUCAUGAUGAAGAUGUUUCUUUAUUCACCGAAGCAAAUUCGGUGGCUACCACAAAUAAUAAGGCUCCUCAAUACACAGGAGUUAUCGCAACGAGUUUAAAUCUUCUUAAUUCCACUCUCGGCGCUGGAAUUUUAUCAAUCUCAAACUCGUUUGGAUUUUGUGGCUUAGUUCCGUCAACAGCCAUAUUAACAGCAUCAGCUGUUCUAUCUUUUAUCUCAGCUUCAAUGGUAGUUAAAAUGCACACAAUAUCAGGAAUCAAUUCAUUUGCAAUUAUUGCAAAAACAACACUUGGAAAGCCAGGAAAGCUCAUUUCAGAUGCUUCUCUUAUCUUAUUUUGCUACAGUUGCAUGGUUGCAUAUGUAAUCAUGGGAACGGAGAUCAUCCAGUCAUGGGCAAUGGCUGUACACAUUGAUUUGCACUCAUUUGGAAAGAGAGCACUCACUGUUAUAUGCUAUGCCUUCGGUUUACCUAUAUUACUAACUGUUCCUAGGAAUAUGACUUUCCUAAGCUAUAUUUCAUUCUCGUGUUUCAUUGCCUUAUCAAUGUUCUUCUUCGGCAUGAUAUACAAAGGCUUCACUGUCCUUCCAAAAACUGGAAUUGAUCCAACCGCCGAAACAGCAACGUUUAACUUACAUAUAUUCAACGCUUUAGCUGUACAUGUUCUCUGUUAUUCUCUUUCUGGUAUUAUCAUCCCAAUUGUCAAAGUUAUGGCUCCAUCUUUACAUCUCCGAAAUGUUUCAUGCGGAAUUUCAUUCUUUGCAUCAUACAUGUUCGUAUUGAUACCAGCCGUAAUCGGAUACCUCCUUUUCGGACAAAAAUGCGAACCAUUAAUUUUGAAUAAUUUCGAAGACAGCGAUCCAUUGUUUGUCAUCAUCCGUAUUGCUUGUUUCAUUGUUCUUGUAUCCAGUUAUCCGAUGAUUGGCCUCUCAUUGCUCACAAUGUACUCCCAAAUCUUUUUCGGAACUGAGGAACAACAAAAUUUGCCAUUCGCCAAAAGAUUGGUUUGCCUGGCUUUGGAGAACGCUCCUCCACUCCUUGUAGCUCUGUUCCUGCCUAACGCAAGGCCUGCACUUGCAAUUGGCGGAGCUCUCGGAGGAGGAGUUACAAAUUACUGCCUUCCUCCUUUGAUGUACAUCAAACUCUACCAAACUAAGUUCUCUAACUACAAGACGUGGUUGAUGAUCACUUUCUCUGUCGUCGGAGUCAUUAUGUGCGGAAUUGCAACUUAUGAAGCGGUACUUGAUGCAAUUGACGCUUUCUCUCACAAAAUAUAG